AUGGGAAGACCUCCUUGUUGUGAUAAAGUACUUGGUAUCAAGAAAGGACCUUGGACUCCUGAAGAAGAUCUAAUUUUAGCAUCUUACAUCGAAGGACAUGGACCAGGGAAUUGGAGAUCAGUUCCAACUAAUGCAGGUUUGUCAAGGUGCAGCAAAAGUUGCAGGCUGAGAUGGACUAAUUACUUAAGACCAGGAAUCAAGAGAGGAAACUUCACUGAACUUGAAGAGAACAACAUAAUUACUCUUCAACGUUUAUGGGGAAACAAAUGGGCAGCAAUAGCUUCAAAUCUUCCACAAAGAACAGAUAAUGAUAUAAAUAAUUAUUGGAAUGCACAUCGAAAGAAAAAACUCAAGAAUAAGUUUCGUUCGCAUCAUCUGGGAUCAUCAUCAACAAGCCUUCAGUUUCUAAACAAAAAUUUUACUAGUAGUAGUACUAGUACCCCCUCAUCUACCACUUAUGCUUCAAGCACAGAAAACAUUUCAAGACUCUUGGAAGAUUGCGUCAAGAAUUCUCCUAACAAGUUCAGUAGUGGUGCGCUCAAAUUAAAGACCACCCAAACAGAAGAAAAAGUACUACCCAGUGGCAGCAAUAACUCCGAUAACAACAACCCCAACAAUGGUAACAAUAACCCUUAUAAUUAUGAUGAGCUACUUAUUAAGAAAUUUGAAGUGCAAGAUACCUGUAAUAGCGAUGAUUAUGUUAUCUCUAAUGAGGCAGAUUACUUUGAAUCUCUUUUCCCAUUUGAGAGUACUAGUAUUGGCUGUUGGGAGCAGAAAUCUUCUUCAGACUCAUCGACUACAAUUCAUGACUCGACAUCGCCAUCCCCAGAGGAACCUCAAACCACUACCAUUACUACUACAGCUGCUACCCCAACUGAAGAUAGGGUAAAUUCGAUCUCGGGUAGUGAUCACCAAGGGAUGAUUGUAGAUGAUCAAAACCAACGUCCUCCAUUUUCUUUACUAGAGAAGUGGCUCCUGGAUGAAGCAACUGUCCAAGUUCUUGAGGAAGAUCAAAUGGAGAUCUAUCCAAAAUUUUGA